GGGUUUUCAUGGAAAGCGUCUAGUUACGUGAAGUUGAGUUGAAGCUAAUAAGAUUUCGAUGACAAAUAAUGUCUUUUUAUUAAAAAAAAUAACCUAUAAACUAUGUCGGUUUCUCUCUUGAAACAUAGCUUUGACACACGAUAGUUUCGAAAUGAGCAGUCCUGACCGCGGUUUUCAUAAAUCCUAAUGUCAAAUCUCUCACCAAAACGAGGAAGUUUGCUGAGGACCAUGUCAUCCAAAUUCAACUUCAGCUUCAGAAGAAGAGAGAAGAAAGAAUUUCGGAAUAUAGCUCAUGGCUUGAUCCCUGCUGCCACCAUUGCCCCCAGACCUGCUGUUCCCCGCACUCCUCCUCCACGAAGCCCCAACCCCUCUCCAGAGAGACCCAGGUCUGCCUUGGCAGCUGCCAUAUUAACUUCCUCCCUGAUGGGCCGUACUGUUGCCAUUCCUCCUCCACGCCAAAGAUCUUACUCUGAGAGUGAUUGUUCACGUGCAGACAGCCAAACUGGCUUUGAGCCGUAUGCUGCCACAGCACUUUAUGCCAGAGACACCUGGCCAGAUUCAGUGACAGGAAGACCCCCUGUGCCUUCCCCAGGACAUGAUGAUGAUGAUGAAGGUGAUGACAGUGAUGAGGUGGAGAGAGAUGAAGAUCAUAUAUAUCAGUCCCUUGAGAGACAGAGCAGAGCUGAUGACAUAAAUGUUGUUUACGCCAUGCCAUUAAAACACAGGAAGGGCGAGACCAAUUCAGACGUUGAUGAAGAGACUGAAGACUCUGCAUUUGAUGUUGUAUCUCCCCUACAGACUGAAGAGGAAAUUGUGGUUCAAGAAGAAGCAGCUAAAACGCAGCCAUCAUCGCUACGACAACCAAGAUCGGGCUCUCGUGGGAGCAUGGCAUCUCCAGAGCUAAAUGAUGACUGGAGCGCUCAGUCUCACAGAUCAGUGAAUACUUCAAAAAGGAAGACCUCACGGAUGAAGGAGAGUCCAGUGAGAGGGAAAGAGAGAGGCAUCAGUCCAGAGGCCAGUGAAGUGUUGCGCAGUACGCUAGAGUUGCAGCAAGCACUUGUAAAGGAGCUGAGGGAGCAGACUCAAAUUCUGGCCCAGGAGAAAGAGACGCUGGAGAAGAGAUGUUUACAACAGAGUCAGCACAUAGAGCAUCUCCGGCAGGAGCUCUGCCACUCUCACACAGAGAGAGGAAACUCCACAGGUGAGAGCUCUGAGUUACAGAAUCUGAGGCAGCAGGCUCAAGAGCUGGUGGAUGAGAACGAUGGGCUGAAGAUGACAGUUCACCGUCUCAAUGUGGAGCUCAGCAGAUACCAGGCCAGAUUCCGACCACUCACCAAGGACGAGAAUGCUCAGAUUAAAGGCCUGCCAGUGAAAGGACCUGCGCCUCCUUGGCUGCUGGAUAUGAAAUAUUUAUCACCUCUGCUGCUGGCCUACGAGGACCAUCUGAAUGCCAAAGACAAACUCCUCAAGUCUUGUGAGGAAGAACUACAGAGUCUGAGAGCACGUGCAGAGGAGGUAAUUCAGGAAAAUGAGAAACUUCAUGCUCAGGUCAACAAAAGCAGCACUGUUAGCAACAAAGAAUGGAGGCACCUGCAGGAGCAGGCUCGCUUGGUGCUGGAGGAGAAUCAAGUAUUGAUAGAGCAGUUGGAAUUACAGCAUGCCAAAUCUAAAGAAGCCCACAGCAAACAUACACAGGAAGUGUGUAAAGUGUCCAAACAGCUGAUGUUGUUGGAGUCAGAGAAACAGGCUCUGGAGAAAGAUCUAGAGGUGGAGUGUAAAGAGCACCAUGCCCUGAAGACAGAGUUUCAGAGAGUGCGCUUGGCUCUAGAACACUCUCUGAGCUUGGCUGAACACAAUGCUGUGACUGACAAACUCAAAAGACAGCUGCAGGAUCAUGAGAGGGUGAAGAAUAGUGAGGUUGAAGAGUUGUUGGCUCAUGUGAGUGCGCUGGAGGCAGAGAGAAAGACUUUGCUGCUGGACAAAACCAGCCUUAACACAAACAUCAAGCACAUGGAAACAGAGCUCCAGCUUUCACAGCAAGCUAACAGGAAAGCUCAGAGGCGUGUAAGUGUCCUGAAGCAACAGGUUGAAGACUCUUUUGAGAAAGAGCUCAUCGCUCAUCAGUACCUUGCCAACAUUGUCACACUUGCAGAAAGAACCACCCAUGAAAGAGACCAGCUCAUGCACAUGGCUUCAUCUCUAGAGAAAGACAAGCAGGGCAUCCUCUCACGGAUCAUAGAAAGCACUGUCAGCCUGGGAAAACUUCAAGAAAAAGUAAAGGUGUACAAGCAGCAGGCGUCAGCGAGUGUAUGCACUCUGGGUCGGCGUCUGCGCGAGCAGGAGGAGGACUUUGCGGGGAAAGCGGCGAAUUAUCAUCGAGAGAUCCGGCACCUGCAGAGCCAACUCAGAGACAGACAGGAACAACUGCACGGAGCUCUGCAGCAGAAGAGAGAGGUAGAAGGUGAAUUGGAGGUGGUUUGGGAGGCAGCAACCAGAGAGAGUCAGCGCUUGAAAGAGGUGGUGUUAGGGAGCAGGCUGCAGAGUCCAGCCACCGUGGCUCCAGCCCUGCGCAGCACUUCCGUCCAGACUCCUGCCAGAAUCCCUCGUGUAGAGGAUCAUUUGUCCCGCUCGCUGCCCCCUCCCUUCACCCCCAGACAGUGCCGUCUGCCACAGCCUUUACAGCGCAGCCCCAUGUUUGAUUCCGACUCUGACCAGCACCAGAAUCCGUCAUCUGAUGAAAGUGACAAGAGUGGACGGGACUCCUGAUAUAUUUCCAUUUUUGGAGUUCAUGAAUUCAUUUACCUGAAUGCUUAAUGUAUUUUUAUGUUAAAAAAAAAGCUGUUCUUUCUCUUAAAGGGAUAGUUCACCCAAA